AUGCCACUGUCCAUCUAUAAGAAAUUAGGCAUUGGCUUUGUUCAAGAUACUCGAAUGACACUUCAAUUUACGGAUCGCUCUGUUAGGCGACCCUAUGGUAUUGUAGAAGAUGUUCUUGUAAAAAUUGACAAGUUUGUCUUCCUAGUUGACUUCAUCAUUCUGGAAAUGCCGGAAGAUGAGGAGAUUCCUCUCAUAUUGGGAAGACCUUUCUCGGAAACAGGACAGUGUAUGAUAGAUAUUGAUGAAGGAACUAUGACCCUCAAGGUCUAUGAUGAAGAGUUAAAAAUAGAUGUGAGGAAUACAAUGCAAUACACAGAUGAUAUCGGCACAAUCAACACUAUAGAGAUAAUCGACCAAGUAAUUGCUCAAGAAAAUGAAUAG